AUGAAGAACUUCAUCAAGCAGACGGCCCUUAUACGGCCCCCAAUAUCAGCUACACUUGGCUACAGUGCUGUAUCGACGAGUGAUGGAGAUGGCGACGCUUCGCUGCCAACGCCGUCUCGCCCGCCGAAUAUGAAAUAUGUCUAUGGGCUGACGUGCUUCGUCUCCCUAGGCGCCUUCUUGUUCGGCUGGGAUCAGGGCGUUAUGGCCAUGAUCAUCGCCGAUGAGCGCUGGUUAGAGUUGAUGCAGCCCGCUAAUGAUUGUGAGCUGCUCUUCUUAUGUGACACAAGAACUGGCUUGCAUUUUGAAGGGAGCGUGGGCUUCGUUGUUAGUAUCUACAACAUAGGUUGUGUAAUCGGAGCGCUGGCCAUCGGCUAUUUCGCGGAUGCAUGCGGUCGCGAGCGCACUAUCUCUCUGUUUAGUACCGUCUUUAUCAUUGGCGCGUUGCUACAGGCUGCGUCUUAUACCAUCGCUCAAAUUAGUUUUGGUCGCUUCGUGUUGGGUGUUGGCGUUGGUGCUUAUUCUGCUGGCGUCCCAUUAUACACAUCUGAGAUUGCGCCAGCGCAGUUGCGUGGCCGAAUUGGCGGCAUCAUGAUGAUGAUAUUGUGUUUUGCGGAGAUGGUCGUUGUCUUCGUCGACUACGGCUUCUUUUUCCUCGACUCUGACGACUGGUGGCGUCUCCCCCUUGCCAUUCAAGUGGUGCCUGCGCUGAUACUCGCUAUUGGCUGCUGGGUAUGGGUUCCGCCAUCUCCACGUUGGCUUGUGUCCCAGGAGCGUUAUGACUGUGCUCUUGAGGUUCUGACGCGCCUACACGGCUCCAAGGUAGCGGAAGAGGAGAUUUGCGCCAUCCGCGAAACCGUCGAAGGAGAGGCCAGUGUCAAAGACCGUUCCGGCACCUCUUGGGUUGAUAUGUUUCGCGGACCUGUUCUCCGCGUUACGCUGCUCGGCACUGGAAUUCAGAUGUUUCAGCAAACCACGGGGACAAAUGGCAUCUUCUACUACGCACCAGAACUCUUUAAAAAGGGCGGCAUUACGGACCCGAAGCUUGCGAACUUAGCUACUGGAGGUAUUGGCGUGACUGUUUUUCUUAGUUCAUGGAUUCCGGUCUUCUACUUUGAUCGGUUUGGCCGCAAGACUUGGUUACAGGUUGGCCUCGUGGGCAUGGUUGUUGCCCUGACAGGAAUUUGCAUAUUCCAGCAGCAUGCUGCUGAUUAUCCGCACAGCCCGGCUAGAUAUGGUAUCGUAAUAUUUCCAUACCUGUUCUAUACAUUCUUCAAUAUGAGCUGGAGUUCCGGUUCAUGGACAUAUGCCGCAGAGAUCUUCCCCCUUCCAUUACGUGCGAAAGGGAAUGCUCUAUGCACUGCUUCUCUUUGGGUAUCCAACUUUGUUGUUGCUCAAGUUUCGCCACCUAUCGAAAGCGCAACAGGGUAUGGCCUAUAUAUACUGUUUAUUAUAAUCUGCAUUAUUGCAUUUUUAUUCGUUCACUUCGCUUUGGUUGAGACGAAGGGCCGGUCCCUGGAAGAAAUGGCGGAGGUGUUCGGAAUUGAUGAUGUUGGUAUUAAAGACGGAGAGGAGAGGGCACUGCUUCAGACGACAGCGGCAGACGACGACAUGGUAGAUGAUUGA